AUGGACCCGAAGAACAAAACCUCAACUGAUUUCAUUCGCCUGGGGCUGUUUCCCAUAUUCAGGUAUCCUAACCUCCUCAUCCUCAUUGUACUCCUCGUCUACACCAUUGCCUUUGCUGGAAAUUCUAUCCUACUCCUCCUCAUCUGGCUGGAUUCCCACCUCCACACCCCCAUGUACUUCCUGCUCAGUCAGCUGUCUGUUGUAGACUUGGCUUACAUCUCUAGCACAGUCCCCAAGACAGUCAUCAACUACUUUACAGGGAAGAAGAACAUUUCCUAUGUUGCAUGUGCUUCUCAGAUGUUUUUUUUCCUCACUCUUGGCCUUGCCAAGUGCAUCCUACUGACCCUCAUGGCCUAUGAUCGUUAUGUGGCUGUCUGUAAACCCCUGAGAUACACAGUCCUUGUGAGUCCCAAAGUCUGUCUGCAAAUGGCUGUCACAGCUUGGAUUGGAGCAGUUCUUGCAGCCCUUGUCCAUACUAUCUAUCCAAUGAAUUUCCCCAUCUGUGGCUCCAGGGAGAUUAAUCAUUACUUUUGUGAGAUGCCUGCCAUUCUGAGAAUGUCUUGUGUGGACACAUCAGUCUAUGAGAUGGUGAAAUUUGUGUCAACAAUUAUCUUUCUCCUUGUCCUAUUUAUUCUCAUCCUGGCCUCCUGUACUCUCAUAUUCCUUACUGUCCUUAAGAUGAACUCUCUAAAUGGUAAGAAGAAAGCUCUAGCAACCUGCUCCUCCCACCUGACUGUAGUAAGUCUCUACUUUGGUCAGGCCAUCUUCAUCUACAUGACACCCAGCUCUUCCCACACACCUGAGCAAGACCAGACAGGAGCUGUUCUUGGCACCGUGGUGACGCCCAUGCAACCUCUUAUCUACAGCCUGGGGAACAAAGAAGUGGUGGGAGCCCUACAGAAGUGCCUGGGAAAGUGUUGCAACCAUACAAAUUCCCCAUCUCUACAGUGCUACUCUCAGAAAUGUUCUAUCCUCAAUUUUAAGACUAUCCAUAGUCAACUUAAAUCUUAA